AAAAGAAUGAAAAAUUACCAAGUAUCCGUGGAGACAAGGAAAUGCUACCAAUUCACAUUGCAGCUCAGGGCGGCCAUGAAAGGACGGUGGAGUUUCUUCAUAAAGUCCAAGGACCCCUGGGAGAAAUGGAUAGCAACAAAUUGUCUGAUUGCUUGAGGAUAGGUGAAAACAUAAAAAAACUGUAUAGAGCUGCAUUGAGGAAUGACCUGAAAACUAUUAGAGAUGUUUUUACGAAAGAUCCAGAGAAUAUUCCACUGUAUUUAACUGCUAGGAUUUCAAACAACGGUGAUACGGCUCUCCACAUUGCAACUGCGAUAGUUUCUACUGUGUUUGUUCAAGAACUGGUAAAUAAGAUGGAAAAAAAAGAUUUGGCUAUUCAAAAUUGUGAUGGAUGUACUGCUUUUUUUUCUUGCUGCUGCAUCUGGAAGGGUGGAACUUGUCAAGCUGAUGUUUGGGAAGAAUACAGAGUUACCAAGUAUCCGUAGAUAUGACGAGAUCUUACCAAUUCAUAUAGCAGCUCAAGACGGCCAUAAAGAGAUGGCGACGUACCUUUAUGAAGUCACUAAAGAUAAAUUAACAGACGAUGAUCUCAUCAAAUUUCUUCGUGAUCUGGUCGAUAGAACUGAUUUGUUUGGUAAGCAUGU